AUGGUAAGAACACACGGUGUAUCUUAUACUUCUCGCGGAGAGAGUUCUCGAGGGGAGAGUUAUGCGCAGGGCGAAGCUAGGAGACGACCUACAGUUUCGGCUUGGAGAAGGCGUGCAGCUCCUAUUCAGGAUGACCCUAUUGCUGAGGAUCAAGCGACUAAGGAGGAGGCAUAUCAGGCCUAUGAGGAUGAUGUUCAGGAGGAGGCCUAUGAGGGUGAUCUUCAGGAGGAGGCAUUUCAAGCCCCUAACCACGAUGAUGAUGAGGAGGAGCAUGCGGAUGUUGGUGACAUAGAAGAGGAUAUCGGUGGAUUUCCUGGAGGUCCACAUGAUGCUUCAUUGCUGACGCAUUAUGUUCAGCAUGUUGCUUAUGGUAUUUCGCAAGGUCGAGAUCGAUGGGACAUGCUGAAGUUGAUCUCGCACAGUAAAAAAGUUAAUAAGUUAGGAUCGUGCGCCGAGGGAAUUCAACACAUUGUGUUGAAUUCCUCUUUGAUGCCUCUCAUAGACAUUUGCUAUGAUUAUGUUGAUAAGGGCUUGUUGCUUGGUUUCAUAGAGAGAUGGAAUUUUGAGACGAGUAGUUUCCAUCUCCCUGUAAGGGAGAUAUCGAUCACUCUUGACGAUGUGUCGACUUUACUUCACCUCUCGGUGAUGGGUCAGUUAUGUGAUUUGGAGGAGUUGGAGUUUGAGGAGGCUCGUUCAGCUCUUGUGGACCUGCUUGGCGUUGAUGGUGGCACAACUGGUGCUGAGAGGAGGAGGCACGUCGUCCAAAAGUCAUAUUGA